AUGAAGGCUGAUGUGGAUGGCAUCGCAGAACAGCUAUGGGCUUUGAUUGAGCUCAGAGUGGAGGCCGAGCUGGCACGGCGCAGUGCUGAGCUUGACCGUCGUGAGCAGGAUCUACAGGGGAGAGAAGAAGCGGUGCGCAAGCGGGAGCUGGCCUUGAAAGCAGCCGCUGAGACUCCAACACCUGCCCGUGCAAGUCACCAGGCUGAAAGUGAACGCACAGAUGGAUGCAAGGAGGCCUCCAGAAGCUCCGAUUUGCUGGCAGAGCGAGGGAGUGGCAUGGUGCAGCACCUGCAGUCCAAACUUUUUGCACAGCCUGUGUCAAACAAAUCAAAUGAUGCACGUGGUCAGACUGCCGACUUCAAGGAGCAGACCGCUCCUCAAAAGGCAACUUCUCCAUCCUUGCUCUUUCAGGCUCCCAAAGAUCAACCGGCGCAGAGCAGCGAGGUCUCCUCUGAGCCAAAAUCUGGAGCAGGCAAUCAAUCUCAAGACUCACCGCCUGAUGUUUAUACAGCUUCUGCUGGAACGGCGUCACAACUAAAGGAGCGCUUUGAACCAAAGGCGUCAGCUUCAAGCUCCGAAGGCAACGUUCGUCCCUACAGGCACUCUGCGCCAGUGGGGAAGAGCGCAGCAGAGUUCUCUCAAGUCUCCGCUGGCACUGCUGGUGAACUCAAGGAGAGAAUGCGCAAGAAGUGCGACAAAAUUCCAAAACUCCAGAGCGACGGAGCUCGUGGAAAGCGGCUGAUGAGAUGUGCCAAAUGGCAAUGUAGCCUGCAUAUGUUGACCACGACACAAGAGGACUGGGCCAGCAUCGAGCGUGAGCUGGCAGCAAAGGAAGCUGAGCUUUUGCAGAAGGAGACUCAAGAGGGCAGCAAUUUGAAGGAAGAGCACUUGAAUGGCUACAGGUAUGUGCCAACCAUCAAGGUCGUGGACAAAGCUUCCUGGGAUACCUUUGCAGUGCCACAUAUAAGACCGACUUGCACGUCAGAGACCUGGUACCACAAAGACCUCCUCUUUGAGAUCGGAGAGGGUAUCGCAUACCUCACAUUGAACAGGCCAGAUGUGAACAAUGUGCUGAGCGCCUCAAUGGCCCAAGCGUUGCAGGAUGCCACUUGUGAGCUUCACCAACGUCGAGACAUCCGCAUAGUGGUCCUUCGAGCAGAGGGAAGCAUGUUUUGCGCUGGUGGGGACCCAAAGCAUUUCUUCGAUGCCUUGGCAAUGUCGGAGCGAGACGAUCGCAAGGCAGCCAUCGGCUUCAUGAAGUUCCUUUUCUGGUUCCAGAGCCUUCCACAAUUCACAGUCGGGUUGGCGCAGGGCUCCGCCAUGGGCAGUGGAAUUGCAUUGCUUUGUGCUUGUGACAUGGUGUUGGCAGCAAGCAACGCUCGGUUCACUUGCUCAGAGGUCAAACUGGGAUUCUGCCCAGCUGCCAUUGCCCCGUUCCUGACACGAAAGGUCGGGUCGGCCUUUGCCAAGCGGCUUUUGUGCAUGGCAGAGAACAUCUCCGCGGAGCAAGCAAAGCGAAUGGGCCUGGUGUCUGACGUAGUCGAAGAAGAGGGUGAGUUUUCAGACUACAUGAAGGAGAUUUGCGAGAAAGUUACGUACUGUACUGAGCAAUAG